CCACAUUGAAAAACAACAUGGCCGCCUCCAUGGGUGCGCGUUGCUGAGUUUCGCUAGUUUAUUUCCACGCUUGUUCCAUUCUAAUCGAGUCAUUUCACUUGCUAUUAUUUCAUGCUUAUAUGAAGAACGGUGUGUGACACAGCAACCAGGAUGUUCUUUAUAACCCUGUUAGCAAAAUGUCUGUGUUUUGUAUCAGCAGAUGACAUGUCAGGGUCUUUGGACAAUGCCUGGAGUUAUGCUGAAGCUUUCUUUUGGUCCGUGUGGCACAAGAGAUUAUAUGUGUACACUGUAGCUGCACUAAUCAUCGGGUUAUGGUUAACAGUGAACAUGAUCAUGAAAAAGAAGAAGCCGAACAAUCCUGGAAAAACCCCAGAAACCGGGUUUAAGACUGACAAACAAAUAGCUGAAAAGGAAAAGAGUGUCAAUGUAGCAGGUGUAAAGAUUUUCUACGGGUCACAAACUGGAACCGCAAAGGGUUUUGUCAGGGAGCUUGCAGAAGAGGUCCAGGCCCUGGGGUUCCAGUCAGACGUGAUUGACUUGAAGGAUUACGACCCCGAAGAUAAACUGUCAGAUGAGUGCACCAGUAAAAUGAUUUGUGUGUUCCUCAUGGCCACAUACACCGAAGGCAAGCCCACCGAGAGCGCCGAGUGGUUCUGUAAAUGGUUGGAGGAGGCGUCUACUGACUUUCGCUACGGCAAAACCUACCUGAAAGGUCUGCGAUACGCCGUCUUCGGCUUGGGGAACUCUGUUUACGUUGGGUAUUACAACACGGUGGGCAAAAACGUGGACAAGUGGCUGUGGAUGCUGAGUGCGACGCGGAUCAUGAGUCGGGGCGAGGGCGACUGCGACGUCUCGAAAAGCCGGAACGGCAGCAUUCAGGCCGACUUCCAGGCGUGGAAAGAAGAUUUCUUGAGACGCCUUCAGGCCCUGGCUAAAGGUGAGAAGAAGACGUGCAACUGCGAGUGUAAAAAAGGCUCGUGCAAGAGUAAAAAGAAGCACCAUGAGAAAGCCGAGGGUGAAAAGCACAGCUCUGAGGAGCUGUUCGAGUCCAGCAGUGAGGCCGAGUCUGGAGGUGAGGUUGAGAAAGAUCACGGCUCUGUCAUUGACCUAGAGGAUCUUGGAAAUGUCAUGAACCACAUCAAGAAAGCCAAGAAAAAAGGGGAGGACGACCUGUCCAAAAUGAAUGGAUUGAAGAAGACUGAGCCUGAGGAGGAGAGGAGGGAGAUGGUCACUCCAGCACUGAGAGAAGCGCUGACUAAGCAAGGCUACAAACUCAUAGGUAGUCACUCUGGGGUAAAGCUGUGCCGUUGGACCAAGUCAAUGCUGAGAGGGAGAGGAGGAUGCUACAAACACACGUUUUAUGGCAUCGAAUCUCACCGGUGCAUGGAGACCACUCCCAGCCUGGCCUGUGCCAACAAAUGCGUGUUUUGCUGGAGGCACCACACGAACCCUGUAGGCACCGAGUGGCGUUGGAAAAUGGACCCCGCUGAAAAGAUCCUCCAAGAAGCACUGGAGAACCACCGCAACAUGAUCCGCCAAUUCCGAGGUGUCCCAGGAGUUCGGUCGGAUCGUUUUGAGGAGGGUUUGGCAGUAAAGCACUGCGCUCUGUCUCUAGUGGGCGAGCCCAUUAUGUACCCAGAGAUCAACUCCUUCCUGCAUCUCCUCCACCAGUGCCACAUCUCCAGCUUCCUGGUCACCAAUGCCCAGUUCCCAAAAGAAAUCAGGAACCUGGUGCCAGUCACCCAGUUGUACGUGAGUGUGGACGCCAGCACCAAGGACAGCCUGAAGCGGAUAGAUCGUCCUCUAUUCAAAGACUUCUGGCAGCGCUUCCUAGACAGUCUUAAAGCCCUUGGGGAGAAGCAACAGCGCACAGUAUACCGUCUGACCCUGGUGAAGGCCUGGAACGUCGACGAGAUGAAAGCCUACGCCGAGCUCAUCGCCCUGGGCCAGCCAGACUUCAUCGAGGUCAAGGGAGUAACCUACUGUGGUGAGAGCUCAGCCAGCAAUCUGACCAUGGCAAACGUGCCCUGGCAUGAGGAGGUGGUCCACUUUGUGCAGCAGCUCGGCAACCUCCUGCCCGACUACGACAUUGCCUGUGAACACGAGCACUCAAACUGCCUGUUACUAGCCCACCAUAAGUUUAAAGUGGAUGGUGAGUGGUGGACGUGGAUCGACUACGAGCGCUUCCAUGAGCUCAUCCAGCAGUACAAUGAGAGCAGCGGUACCAAGACCUUCACCGCUCUGGACUACAUGGCCAAGACGCCCAGCUGGGCCGUGUUCGGAGCUCAGGAGAGAGGCUUCGAUCCCUCAGACACGCGCUUCCUGAGAAAAAACAAGACCAAAGACAUCUCCGGGUGCUAAAGUCAAACAGCUGCAUCUUUUUAAGAUCUAAAUAAGUCAAAUACAUUUUACAAAGUCUUUAUUUAAAAGGAUCUGUGAUUUGGAAGGUCUGUAGAUAUCAGCUUUCCUUACAUGAGUUUUUAAUUCUUAGAUCAUUGCUUUGUUUUCCAACACAAGUUCAGUGAGUCGACAGUAUCUUUCUUCUGUGCUUGUGUUUUCUAGACCUAUUGUGUGUAAUGAGGAGUGAUUUAACAAUGCAGUCUCUCCAUUUUUUCCCCCUCACCAUUUUUGUAUUCGCCUCAGUUUUCACUAACAGAGAGUCAGAGCGAGGUCUACAGCUUCAUUCAUUAACAUACAUAAAGUCUUGUUUCACUCUUAGGCAAAAAUAUUCCUUUAUUUUCUUGUUUAAUUAAAAUGUCAGUCUACAGUCUAGUUCUUCAGUGUAAAGUUAGCAUAAGGCCGACUGUGUCAUGAGCUUUAGUUCUUGGAGUUCUUUAGAGAAGAUGAUAUUGCUGGAACAUUUUGCAGUGCAGGGUUUAUUUUUUUCCUCAGUCUGUGUGCUUCCUUCAAAAAUUUCGACUCCGAACAUAUACAGGUGUUACUUGAUUUUCUGUUUUGUGUGAAUUCACAUUGUCAUUUGUUCAUUACGUUUUCAUUAUUUGGAGAUUUUUAUUUAGCUUUCUUUACAGUAGCAUCUGGAUUUCAGGUGCAGAAUGUAAGUAUAUUGUGUGAUUUGUCAUCGGGGUAAUUAUCCAUGUCCUGUUUUUUAGAUCGUAUAAAAGGUGCCUCGUUUGGGGACAGUUUGAAGUGGUAUCCGAAUUUGUAGUGCCUUAUUGAAUUCUAAAUAAAAUAUAUGAUGACUA